AUGGCCACCGAUUUCCUGACAGCCAAGUGCCAGGAGUCAGUGACAUUCAAAGACAUUGCUAUAAACUUCACCCAGGAGGAGUGGGGGCAACUGAGCCCUGCUCAGAGGAACCUGUACAAGGAUGUGAUGCUGGAGAACUAUAGAAACCUCAUCUCAUUGGGAUUUUCCAUUUCUAAACCUGAUGUGAUCUUCAAACUGGAGCAAGGGAAAGACCCUUGGAUAUUUAACCUACAGAGAUCUGAAGAAGAAGACAUGCCAAAAAACUCUUUAGAAAACCAAGUGUCAGCUCCAAAGAAGAAAGUUUCUGAAAAAGAAUCUUUUGGGACAUUUAUGGAAAGGCUCAGAGAGAAUCAUCUAGAUACUGCAUUUGCAAGAGUUUGUAUACCUGAGGGCAUAUUGGAGAGGCAGAAAGAAAAUUUUAAAGAGGAGAGUUGGAAUAAAUUCCUUUUCCAUGAGAUUAAUUUCAAACAAUUAUCAGUCAACUUUCCGGAAAAUCCCACCAAAGAGAGAAGUCAUGAAUGUAAAGAAUGUGGGGAAAAUUUUUUUGACCACCCAUCUCUUACUCGACAUCAAAGAACUCAUAAUGGAGAAAAGCACUAUAAAUGUAAUGAAUGUGGAAAAGCCUUCUCUAAACAUUCAUCCCUAAUUGAACAUGAGAGAAUUCAUGCUGGAGAGAAGCCCUAUAAAUGUGAUGAAUGUGGGAAGGCCUUUCGACAAAAAGGCACACUUAUUCUACAUCAGCUAACACAUACAGGAGAGAAACCUUAUGAAUGUAAAGCAUGUGGGAAAACUUUUAGUCUUAAAAGUAGCUUUCUGAGACAUCAGUUUACUCACACAGGAGAAAGUCCCUAUAAAUGUGGGGAAUGUAGGAAAGCCUUCAUUAAUUUCUCAUCUCUUAGUCUCCAUCAGAGAGUUCAUAAUGAGAGGAACCCUUAUGAAUGUAAUGAAUGUGGAAAAGUCUUCUUUGAUCGCUCAUCUAUUACUCAACAUCAGAGAUCUCACAAAGGAGAGAAAUAUUAUGAAUGUAAUGAAUGUAAAAAAGUCUUUUCUACACAUUCAUCUCUUACUGAACAUGAGCGAAUUCAUACUGGAGAGAAGCCCUAUGAAUGUGAUGAAUGUGGUAAAGCCUUUGUUAAUUGUUCAUCCCUCAGUCGGCAUCAGAGAAUUCAUACUGGGGAAAGUCCCUAUAAAUGUAAUGAAUGUGGGAAAGCUUUCCGACAGAAAGGUACACUUAAUUUGCAUCUGCUGACACAUACUGGAGAGAAGCCUCAUGAGUGUAAUGAAUGUGGGAAAACUUUUAGUCUUAGAAGUAGCUUUUUGAGACAUCAGAUUACUCACACAGGAGAAAGUCCCUACAAAUGUGGGGAGUGUGGGAAAGCCUUCAUUAAUUUCUCAUCUCUUAGUCUCCAUCAGAGAGUUCAUAAUGAGAGGAACCCUUAUGAAUGUAAUAAAUGUGGAAAAGUCUUCUUUGAUUGCUCAUCUAUUACUCAACAUCAGAGAUCUCACAAAGGAGAGAAACAUUAUGAAUGUAAUGAAUGUAAAAAAGUCUUUUCUACACAUUCAUCUCUUACUGAACAUGAGCGAAUUCAUACUGGAGAGAAGCCCUAUGAAUGUGAUGAAUGUGGUAAAGCCUUUGUUAAUUGUUCAUCCCUCAGUCGGCAUCAGAGAAUUCAUACUGGGGAAAGUCCCUAUAAAUGUAAUGAAUGUGGGAAAGCUUUCCGACAGAAAGGUACACUUAAUUUGCAUCUGCUGACACAUACUGGAGAGAAGCCCUAUGAAUGUAAUGAAUGUGGGAAAACUUUUAGCCAUCGAAGUAGCUUUUUGAGACAUCAGAUUAUUCACACAGGAGAAAGUCCCUACAAAUGUGGGGAGUGUGGGAAAGCCUUCAUUAAUUGCUCAUCUCUUCAUCUACAUCAAAGAAUUCAUACUGGUGAGAGCCCUUAUGAAUGCAAAGAAUGUGGAAAAGCCUUCAGACAAAAAGGUACCGUUACUCUACAUCAGCUAACACAUACUGGAAAAAAAGCCCUGUGAAUGUAAUCAUGGUAGAAAAGUUUCUUGAAACAUUCAUCCCUUAUUCAACAUCAGAAAAUUCAUACUGGAGAGAAUCAUUAUGAAUGUAAUGAAUGUAGCAAAACCUUCUUUGCUCAGCUCUUAAACAACAUCAGAAUAUACAUUAUGAAGAGAAGUCCUACGAAUAUGUUGCAUAUGAGGAAGGCUUCUUUGAUUUCUCAUCUCUUACUCAAUAUCAGGAAGCUCAUAAAGGCAAGAAUCAUUGUGAAUAUAAUGAAUGUGGAAAAACUUACUUUAAAACAUUCAUCCUUUAAUGAACUUGAGAGGAUUCAUACAGGAGAGAAGCCCUAUGAAUGUGGCAAAUGUGGGAAAGCCUUCAACUCCAAAAGUAGCUUUAUAGUACAUCAAAUGAUUCACAGAGGAGAAAGUCCCUAUGCAUGUAAUGAAUGUGGGAAAACCUUUUUUUUUAAUCGAAAAUCCAUUAAUUGACACCAGAGAAUUAAUACUACACUGAGGCCCUAUGAAUGUGAUAAAUGUGGGAAAGCCUUCCUUGACUGUUCAACUCUUACUCAACAUCAGAGGACUUAUACUGGAGAGAAGCCCUAUAAGUGUAAUAAAUGUGGAAAAGCUUUUGGCCAUAGAAGUAGCUUUUGGAGACAUCAGCUAACUCAUACAGGAGAAAGUCCCCAUAAAUGCAACGAAUGUGGGAAAACCUUCUUUGACUGCUCAUCUCUUAUUCGACAUCAAAGAAUUCAUACUGGAGAGAAGCCCUAUAAAUGUAAUAACUGUGGAAAAACCUUCCUUAAACAUUCAUCCCUUACUGUACAUGAGAGAAUGCAUACUGGUGAGAAGCCCUACAAAUGUGAUAGAUGUGGGAAAGCCUUCUUUAUGGCCUCUUCUCUUACUUGACACCAAGGAAUUCAUACUGGUUAGUCCCUAUAAAUAUGUGGUAAAUCCUCUAACCAUCCCAUGUUAUACAUGAGAUAAUUCAUAUUAGAGAGAAAUUUUAAUUAUAUAGCUGGUGUGGAUAAAUGUUCAGUAGCAAGUCAUUUGUUAGCAUUAUCGAUGUUAUACCAGAGAGUAAGUCUAUGGAUAUAAUUAAACAGGAGAAACUUGAGUCAUACUUUUAAUAUCAGUCACUUUUUAAAACUUCAGAUCAAGAGGUAAGACAGGACACUCCAAAGUACUCUAAAUUGUUCUCACAUUAAAGUUUUCAAAACUGA